UAUGAACUUCAACCCGGAAAAGCUAGAUUGAGUUGAUUUUUGUCCUCGGAUGAGGUGAAUCUGUCAAAAUCAUGUCCACAAAUAAGAGGAUAACGCUUAUAUUCGGAGGCUUUAUUGCAGCUGUUGCUGUGGCUUUUUAUCCGAUAUUUUUCCAUCCUCUCACUCACUCUGAAGACUACAAGCAGGUCCAGAAGACAAAUCGAUCUGGAGUCAAUCAAGCAGAUGUGCAGCCUGUUGGUGUGAAGAUCUGGUCUGAUCCCUACAAGCCAAAAUCAUGAUUCCAGUGAUUCAUGUGUCUAUGAAAAUUGAAUGAAUAUACAUGAGGACUGAUGUGUAACUCAGUUUGGGGGAUUGUGUAUUUGUGAAACACUUACAAUAGCUAUUUGCCACCAUGAUAAUGAGGCUUUAAGUGUGUGUGUGUGUGUGUGUGUGUUUUGUGUGGGAAUGGGAUUGAAGCUAGAAUGACUGAUCAACAACCUAAAAAUGUUUUGCUUUGUUAGUCAGCACUUAAAAUAUUAUAUUCAUGAAUCACUUUAAUGAGUUGUGUUAAUUAAUUCUGGUGUAUGUACAGAGUUACAUAAUGUUCUUCUAUAUCUAUUACGAAUAAAAUAUAUUAGAACUGUA